UCUCCGCCGACACAAUUCCUGUUGCUACUCAACUGAUUCAUUCUUGAUGACACGGUCAACGGCUGUGAUCCACGCCGGGGCUGCGUUUGGACGCCGGAUGCGGAUCCGUUCAACUUGUCGGGCUCGGACCGCACUUUCUUCUACUCCCUUUCUUGCCACACGCUCAGUCGUCAAUUCGUUUCGUGACACCUAAUUAAGCCAGAUUCAACAAUUGGCCGCCGGAUGUUUGACCAUCUUUUCCUCCGAGACGCGGCGAGGCUCCGGGCUUUCUCGUGCCAAGGGCUCUGCAAGGUGGCUGUCACAAGCGGGCAACAUUCAGAUCAUCCUUUACGGUAACGUUGCAAAGUAAAAGCUCACUUCUUCUGGAGCCACUGACAGGUGUGCGUCUGUAGAAGGGGGGAAAAUAGUAUUUUGGGGACGUGCUCCACUAUUUGGCCAGCUUGGUGGAACAUGUGGAGCUGGGACGCAUGCAACAGAAAGCUGUAACAUGAGGAGGAGCCGACACCGCACAAGUAUGGGACUUCCUGUGCUUUGCAGAUGGCUUGUAUUCAUUGCGGCGGUGCCCGCCUGGCUGCUGGCUGCUCCGAACCCCACGCGUGAGCGUCCGUGCCCGGGAAGCUGCAGAUGUGACGGCAAAAUAAUCUACUGCGAAUCCAAUGCAUUCCGUGACGUGCCAAGCAAUGUGUCGGUGGGAACGCAAGGCCUGUCAUUGCGUUACAACAGCCUGAUGAGCCUGAGACCCCACCAGUUUGCAGGCCUCGGUCAAUUGGUGUGGCUGUACCUCGAUCACAACUACAUCGGUUCUGUGGAUGGCCAAGCAUUCCAUGGUAUACGCAGACUCAAAGAACUGAUUCUCAGUUCCAAUAAGAUCACUUUGCUUAAGAACAACACAUUCCACGAUGUUCCCAACUUGCGAAAUCUUGACCUUUCCUACAAUAAAUUGCAGACACUCCAACCAAAUCAAUUUGUGGGCCUGCGGAAGUUACUCAGUUUGCACUUGAGAUCCAAUUCCUUGAAAACCGUCCCGAUGCGUGUUUUCCUCGAUUGUCGCAACCUAGAAUUCCUGGAUAUCGGCUACAAUAGGCUACGUAGCCUCACGCGUAACGCCUUUGCCGGACUCUUUAAGCUGGUUGAGCUGCAUUUGGAACACAACCAGUUUUCCAAGAUCAACUUUGCUCAUUUCCCCCGCCUGACUAAUCUGAGGGCACUGUAUUUGCAAUGGAACCGCAUCAAAUUGCUGACUCAGGGCCUGACUUGGAUGUGGACCUCGCUGCAAAAGCUGGACCUGUCCGGAAAUGAGCUCCAGACGUUGGAUCCCAGCACGUUUCGAUGCCUGCCAAACCUGCAGACCCUCAACUUGGACUCCAACAAACUGAACAAUGUGUCGCAACAGACGGUGGAGACUUGGAUCUCCCUCACCACCGUCAGUCUCGCUGGUAAUCUGUGGCACUGUAACCCCAACAUAUGCCCUCUAGUGGACUGGCUCAAGGCCUUCAAGGGAAACAAGGAGUCCACUAUGAUUUGCACAGGCCCUAAAGAGGCGCAAGGAGAGAAAGUCACCGAUGUGGUGGAGACUUAUAACAUUUGCACAGUAACGCCGAGCCCUGUGACCUCGACGAGGGCGCCUCUCACGUCUGCAUUUCAAACAGAGCUGCUCCCUCUUCCCACACGGCCUGAAGUGGACAAAAAGCAGGCGGAGAAUAGGACAACUCCUACUCCAUCCCAAGCAUCUCCGACCAUCCCUUUACCCGACUCUGAGUACGUGUCCUUCCAUAAAAUCAUCGCCGGUAGUCUGGCCCUCCUCCUGUCCGUGGCUAUAAUCCUGCUUGUUAUAUAUGUUUCGUGGAAGCACUAUCCCAGCAGCAUUAAGCGGCUUCAGCAAGGCUCUGCGGUUAAAAAGCGGCAGAAAAAGGCUCGGGAGAACGAGCGCUCCUUUAAUUCGCCGCUGCAAGAAUAUUACGUGGACUACAAGCCGUCAAACUCGGAGACAAUGGAUGUGCUGGUUAAUGGGACAGGACCUUACACUUACACGAUCUCAGGCUCCAGGGAAUGCGAGGUCCCGCUGCAGUUGAGAUCCCUGACGUACAGUUGUGAGCCGUCAGUGCUGGACUACUGCCGUGCUCACCUGCACGUCAAGAUGGAGCCCCACUUUACGGAGAUGGAUGGUCUGAGGCCGAGCGGGUACCAGCGAGGCCCGGUGACCGUCCUUCCCCCGGACCAAUUGCCUCUGCCAGUGAGCAGCACAUACUAUUAAAUAGUCAGCAGACUUUUCAAAUAAAAUAGACUGUGUUGAAGAGUGGUACUGCUAGGGAAGCAACAGAAACAGUAAGUCUUCUGCAGAGCAUCCAGGGUAAUGAGGAUGAAAUAUUUCUCCAUGGAAAUACAGUAUAAGGGUGCAGUCGUAUUGAUUGACGAGUUCUGACCCAUCGAACUCUCUAUAUCCUCAAUUAGCCAAGGAGGCUGAACAGCAGUUUGACUUUCAACGUUCCGCUCUGCUUGUUGAGAAGUAUUAGAGGUAAUACUUCAGUGAUUUGUUAAUCCUAUUAAACAUUCUGUAUUUUCGUCACUGGGUACCUAUGCUGCGUCAGGUAAAGUAAUCAAAUGGAAAAGGCUAUAAACAGGGGAACAGCGGGAAGAACUGCCGAUUUGAAGUUUUCUGCUGCUUUUUUUCUUGAGAUAUUAUUGGUAUUAUUAUACUGCCAGUCAGAUGUCCCUGUACAAUUUUCAUUUGCACUCAACUAACCACUCAAAUAAAUAUAUAUAAACGUCAAAGUGCUACAGUUACAGCCACACGCCAUUCAAGAUAAUAGUAUAAAGACCAUUGAUUUUUCUUCAUGAUUUGUGAUGUCCAUUGCAUUAUAAUUAACUCCACAGAGACAUAAGCAGAGUAGAAAAAAAAGUGUAAGUACAGGCCAGCUUUUCAUCACUUUAGGCUCUCCUGUAUAAAUUGUUUAUUUUUCCUCCCCAGAUGUGUUCUUAUGGUGUGCUCACAUAACCACAUGCGUGAACUUUUUACAGGAUGUUACAUAUUAUAUGGAAAAUAAAUUGUGGUAAAUCCCUUGUUUUGUGUUAUUCCUCAUGAACAGUGAAAUGAUUUGAACUGUUGUAGAGAUGAGUGACACUAAAGAGCAGGGUUGAACAUCAUGUUAAAAUUUUAAAGUCUAAGUGAUGUGAAAAUACCCUCGUUGCUCACAAUGUUAUGUGCAGUCUGCACAAAAACAGCAUAUGGAGUUUUUGUCUCCGAACACAAAACCUGGAACCAUGUGGAAGUAUCCUACAGUGAGAUAUUGAACCCCCAAUUCUUCCAGAUGCACCAUCUACUGAAUGUGAAUGAGGACAUCGUACUGGGUUGAAGGUAGAAAAGUGGUAUGCAAUUUACCAUCCAAUAAUAAUUUUCUAUCUGGAAUGUCACAACAAACAAAACAAUUGAUUAUCGUUUGAAUUACAUUGAUCAAAAAAGGGAAAAGGGUCAUAAUUGGAAGACAUUCCUGCUUCUUCUUUUCCUUUCGGCUUUUCCCUUCAAGGGUCCCCACGGCAAAUCAGUAGUCGCCAUCUAACCCUGUCUUCUGCAUCUUCUGCUCUCACACCAGCUACAGGCAUGAACAUUUCUCACAUUUCAGCAAAAUUCGCCGUUUUGAAGUCAAAAAGGGUGACCUACGUGAAUUGUGUAGAUCCGAGGAAUUUUUUUUUUUAAGGGGAAGGGGAGGAGGGGUUCGGGAGAUGUUUUUAAUGUUGGACGUAGGGUUGGGAAUCGAGAACCGGUUCCUUUAGAGAACAGGUUCUGUGUGUUUUAAUUCCGUGGAAUCGUUUGGCAGUUUAUCUAACGAUACUCUUGUAGAUUCCAACCAGUACGAUUUACGUCACGUGACUUACGCAUGGAACACACAUUUGAUUCUGCAAGUUAAGACUACAUGAGUACUCAAAGAGGGACCACUCACCAAGGAUAAUCUGUAGAGUCGACGCCGGGUGGAUUGAAUCCGAUUGGAUUGAUUUUCACAGGCCAGGUCAUUAAUCAUGAGACUACUUAAAGAAAUGGGGAUUUUUCCCAAAAAGUCUAUUAAUGGGUCUGUCGUAUUCCUCGUCAAAUACUAUAUAAGAAAAAUAUAACAUACAGUGGGGCAAAUAAGUAUUUAGUCAACCACCAAUGGCGUACCGCACGCAGGCUAUUUUUAGACCGUGACGUCACAUAGUAAAGCGGAAGUAAAGCCGAAGUGGGACAUUAUAGACCCACCCUCGCAUAGACACAACGUAAUUUGUGCUACUUUUCUCCAGUAAUCUUUCAAAAACGAACAUGCCGAUCAUGCAUUGCUUUUUUGGAACUUGUAGAAACAACUCUAGACAUUACGACACAUGAAGGAUGUUUUCUUCAUAUGUUUCCGGAAACCAAAAACUCGAGAGGAAAAAAUGUGAAGACCGAAUCAACUUGCACGGACUUUAACACCAACUCGGUGAAUCCAUUCACAUUUCAUAUGCAGUAAACAUUAUGUUGGGUUGGCAUGGUCUUUCAGAGGACAAAGAGGUAAGCCAUUUUUAUAUUUUUAACUUAUUUUUUUUAGCGUUACGUUGUGCCAUACUGCUUCCGUCUGACAAUGAAUGACCUGAAAAGAAGUACAAUGGUAUCUGACUGCCACUGUUACCGUUUCUGUUAUAUAUAUACAAAACAACUUUAGUGAGGGGGAAGUGUAAAUAAAUUAUAGAAUUAAGAUGUGUUAUCAAUGAAAAAAUUUAAAGUGUUCGUUGGCUGUCACUGAGUAGCAUUUGCGAUCGCUACACAAAGCUAACUAAAUUACCCCCAAGAACGGUAAGAGACGUAGGACAACCAGAGGAUAUAUAAGAAAGACAGGGCUGAUGGUAAAGGAUAGGUUGUUGAAACAGGAGACUGUCAUUGUCAGUCGCGUCGAUAAAAAAGCUAAAGCUAUGCUUAGGUCGACUCGUUUUUUUUCGUCUUUUUCAGCCUUCGACACUCAAGCCAUCUCUUUAACUGAACAUUUUUAUGUUGUUCCACAUCUUUGCCAGUGAAUUUGGCACCAGGCACAUAAUUUUCGGAGAGAAUUGUUAGGUUUAGCUUUGUAAACAUCUCCUUCGUACACGAUUUCCAUUCAUUUCCUAUUAAGGACAAACGGUGUCCCUACUUAGCAACAGUAGCUAAUGUCAUGAAUAUUAAUGAGCGGAAGUGACGUGUUGCUUGCGGUACGCCAUUGUGCAAGUUCUUCUACUUGAAAAGAUUAGA